GCGUGACGCAACGUUUUACGUAAACGCUGCGGGCCCACUGGGCAGAGUCAAGGAGUAAGGCGCAAGCGCCAUGUUCAGCCGAAUGCAGGCGGUCCUUGCGGCCGUUGCGGCGCUGGCCACGGUCCGAAGUCUGAGCUUCGUAGGCGGCGCACGGGUGGCCGAGCAACGCGGAACGCUGCGGGCUCUUCGAGGUGAACGACGGACCGGCCCAGAGACAUCCUCGGAGGCAGGCUUUGGCAUUCCCACGGCCGGAGCAUUGGCCUUGGGCGCUUCCGCAGUGGCACUCCUUCGUCGCCGAACGGAGAGCUGUGUGGCAUUGCGUGCCACCAGGGUGGAAUGGUUCAGGAAGGUGAAACGAAUUAGUGGAGACCGUGCAGUAUUCGACGUCACCAUCAAAAAGCCCAUGGGCAUCGUACUGGAGUACCUUCCAGAUAAGAAAGGCGGUUUGAGGGGCGUUGGCAUUAGCGAGAUCGUUCAGGACGGCAACGCCUAUGAACUUAACAAGAAGGUCUGUGUCACAGAGGAGGAUGAAGGGAUGUGGAUCUUGGAGGGCGAUCGGAUCAUUGGUGUGAAUGGCAUAGAGACAGUCGAUGCAUCCAUUGAUGACAUCGCAAGGAUAGUUGGCGAGUCGGAGGGUGAUUCGGUCUCCCUGACCUUGUGUCGCAACACACGACUGGGGCCCAUUAAGGUGGUCUUAAUGCCUGGCGGCGAGUUCGCCACUGUCCGUCGAAACAGCAGAUUGUCCGCAGCCGUGGAGUUCGCCCUUGGCCGGGAGAUCAAGUAUGGUUGCAUCGAUGGCUGGUGUGGUACUUGCUGGCACCGCGAGCGUGUGACGGGAUGGCUCUUUAAGCCAUGCUCCGAUCUCAUCACCACCGACUGGGACAACGUGAUGCCGAUGGUGCUCUUUCCUAAACCCGAGAAGGCAGGCGACGCCACGUUGCUGCAACCCCGUGGCGUCUGAGGUCCCAAUCUGAGAGAGAUACGCAGGAAAUUGGAUCUCCAGAAGGUUCUCUGCUGAUUCCUCAGGUCGCGGGAGCGAGC